AUGCUCGCAGUCUACGUCUUCCUGGUUGUCUUUUCAGGUCAAUUGAUAAGCUGGAUUGGAAGUACUCAACUUAGCGAAUGGGCUCAUAGCAUUUAUCUUUUCCUUACUCGUUCACCACUCGCUCGAAAUCAAAAAAGCCUUCGAGGUACGAUUCUAAAAACUAAAUCAGAAUUUCAGGCAACUUCAUCACAAGAUGAGUUUGCUAAAUGGGCAAGAUUACGUCGAAAAAUGGAUAAGGAGCUACAGGAGCUCGAUAACCUCAAUAAACAAAUAGCCUCUGAUCGCACCCAAUUCACGGCACUCUUCUCAAGCGUCCUUUGGGUCUUCACCUCGGGUCUUCAAUUCGUCUUGAUUUCGUGGUAUAGGUCUAGUCCUGUGCUUUUGUUACCACCUGGCUGGUUCCCUCCGACUAUCGUCUGGCUCCUCAGUCUUCCAUCCGCUCCAUACGGUGCUGUUUCUACCACCGUCUGGGCACUUGUUUGCAAGAGAGCGUUAUCAGUUCUGGCCAAGAUGAUGGCUGAUAGCCUUGGCGUCAUUUUUGGAUCUAAGCCAACGACGCAGUCACCUGAGAAACCCGUUGCGCAUUAA